AUGAACUCCGAUAUUGAAGACUACCGACUAGUCGCAUCGGAUUGCUGCUAUGAUAUCAUUGUCAUUUGCGAAACGUCGCUCAACUCUCAGACCAUUUCCAGGCAAGUCUUUAGAUCCGAUUACGAAGUUUUCCGUUGUGAUCGCAACCCUAACAACAGCCGCAAAUCCACUGGCGGUGGUGUUCUGAUAGCUGUUCGAAGUGGGUUGAAAGCAAGAGCAAUUGAAAAGGACUCAUGGAACUGCGUAGAACAGGUUUGGACGGCCAUCAAGCUGAGUGAUCGCUUCCUCUUUUUGUGUGCCAUAUACAUCCCACCUGAUCGUGUCCGGGACAACGAUCUAAUCGACGCUCACUGCCAGUUAGUUUACUCAGUUAUGAGGGACGCUACGCCGCUCGAUGAGAUAGUUAUUUUGGGUGAUCUCAAUUUGCCAGAUAUCUCGUGGAAACCUGCCCAUAGCGAUUUCCUCUACCCUGAUUCUGAAAACUCUACGAUCCAUGCCGGUGCAAUUAAUCUUCUUGACAACUAUAGUGCUGCAAUGCUUCAUCAAGUUAAUCAUGUCGUCAACAAGAACAACCGUUCGUUAGACCUCUGCUUCGUGAGCUCACAGGACAAGGCCCCAUUCGUCUCAGCGGCUCCAUGUCUGUUGAUCAAGAGAGCUCCGCACCAUCCUCCUCUGAUCGUCUGCAUAGAAGAUAAACUCCUUCAGGACUUCAAUGAAUACCCAGCUGCUAUCGCAUAUAAUUUCCGUAAAGCUGAUCAACAAAGCAUCAAUGAUUUGUUGUCUAGUAUUGACUGGGCAAACACACUAGAUCCCGACGACGUCGAAGCCGCUACGCAGACCUUCACUCAUGUCCUGAUAUAUGCUAUUGAUCGACAUGUACCGAAAAUUCCCGUUUCCAUUUCCCGGCCCAAGAUGAAAGUAUUCGAUAUAACGAGCGGCAAACCGUCGACGCAUUCCCCGGUGGAUUCGGACGCGGUGAGCAUAACGGUCGAAGGAAAUCGCAUGGACCCGGCGGCGCUUCCGCACUACAUACGCAAGGAUGCAUCGUCGCGGCGUUCGUCACCUUCAAUUGCCAAUUCGUACUCGCGCCCGUCCAGGCAUUCCGAAACGGAUACCAUCACUGCUCCCGAACGAAGCCAACGAGUGACAAUUUAUGGCUGUGUGAAGUUUAAUCCCAAUACAAGGCAUGGACGCCGGUGGUUCAUGUGCAACAUGAUGCUAGUGCUGCUGAUCCCAAUUGUGGCCGUUGUAGUGCAAAACGCUAUUCUACUUUACCAACAGACAGAUAAAUACGAGACAGCGAAGCGCGUAGAUGAAGAAAUUCGGAUGACAACCAGUAUGGCAGUCCUGGUAAGUGCCGUACAGCAAGAACGAAGACUUUUAGCAUAUUUCGUACUAACGCGGAAGAAUCGGUCCGAUGUAGAGCACGCAAUCAGUCAAACCGACAUAAUUCUUGAUCGUCUCGUUGUUGAUAGCCAAAGGGACAAAAGCAUUGAGUUUGACGAGGCAACAAACCAGACGAUUGUGGGUGGUUUAAGCGAUACGAGGAAUUUGCUACUAAGGUAUUCACGAGAAAUCAUUAAUAUAAACAAUAAAAAUUCUAACGCGUCCAAUAUUUACAGUUUUUUAACAUCGGAAGAUGCCAAUCAAACGUCGUGUACAUCCUACUUUAAGCCCUACAACGACCUUAACAGACAUCUAGUGGAUCAAAUCAGUCGGAGCGUAGGUUUUUACCUAAGUGGCACCGUCUGGAGGCAACUGGUGGUUUACAAAAACAUAAUCGAAGCAACCGAAAACAUAAACAUCGCCACUAUUCUGGUACUGCAGUUCAUUAUUCGUGGCGGUCUCAAUCUGGACGAUUUCGCCCAGUUUGUUCGACGGGAUGCUGCUGCCAUAGACCACCUGCGAGUGGCGGAAAAUUUUAUGGCCAACAUUACGAUCACGAAAAGCAAAGUGUUUCAUGUGCUCAACAAAUGGCGCCGGCACGUGCUGGUCAACUCAUCCACGGAGGAGCGCGAAGAUGCUUUUGCCGUGUACUACCAGUCGGUGCAUGGCUUCAUAAGGAAUCUCGAAACCCUUCAGACUGACCUACAGCUGAUGGUCCAGGCGACUGUGCGAGAUGAUAUGCAAAACGCGCGCCUGCAUCAGUUGAUUUCCUUUGGCAUGGUGUUGUUGAUAGCGAUUAUCAGUCCCAUGCUAGUCCUGAUGAUAAUAAAUGCUACUAAUACAAUCCAGGACUUUUCCACGCAGCUGGUGACUCGAACUUUAGAACUGCGCACUGAAAAAAGCAAAGCUGACCGUUUAUUGUAUCAAAUGCUUCCGCCAGCUGUGGUGCGUCAACUGAAACAGCAGCGGCAAGUUCCGGCGGAGACAUUCGAAUCGGUGACAAUAUUUUUUAGCGACAUUGUUGGAUUCACGUAUAUUUCAGCCGUCAGUAGUGCUAUGGAAGUGGUCACCAUGUUAAAUACUCUCUAUCGGCUGUUUGACUCGAUUAUAUUGAAGUACGAUGUUUACAAGGUGGAAACGAUUGGCGAUGCCUAUAUGGUAGUCUCCGGCCUGCCACAGCGUAAUGGAGACAAACAUGCCGGUGAAAUUGCGAUGAUGUCCCUUGAUCUCCUGUGCGGUAUUUCCGGAUUCAUUAUACCGCAUAUGAAGAAUCGAACGCUCGAAAUCAGAGUGGGUAUCAACACUGGACCGUGUGUGGCGGGAGUAGUUGGAACGACAAUGCCUCGAUAUUGCCUAUUUGGUGACACGAUUAACACAGCCUCGAGAAUGGAAUCCACCGGUGAACCGAUGAAAAUUCACAUUUCCGAACUCACAAAAGAGGUGCUCGACAAACUGGGUGGAUUUAAAAUUAAGCGGCGAGGAUCGGUGGAGGUCAAGGGUAAAGGAAACAUGGAAACUUUCUGGCUACUCGGUCACACCGUUUACGAACAUCUGUCGCCGGACACGGCCAUUCCCAUAUACAAGCCGAGCAUCGUAACAGAGCCGGAAUUUCUGCAGAUUAUCUGUUGA